AUGGUUAUUAUUAUUAAUUUUAUAUUACAGUGUAAGCCAGAGUACAAAGUGCCUGGGCUGUAUGUCAUAGAUUCAAUUGUACGCCAGUCCAGACAUCAGUUUGGAGUAGAGAAAGAUGUCUUUGCUCCACGCUUUGCCAAGAACAUGCAAACCACCUUCUUAAAUCUUUUGAAAUGUCCUCAGGAAGACAAAAGCAAAGUAAUAAGAGUGUUAAACCUUUGGCAAAAGAAUGCAGUCUUUCCUUCUGAGGUUAUACAACCUCUAUUUGAUCUUGCAGACCCAAAUCAUCCAAUACAUAAAGAACAAGCAGUCAAUACCAAUGGUACACUGAAUGUGUCUACAGCAAAUAAUGCAAGCAUUACUGGAACUUCUGUAAAGACUCCUCCCCUGACUGCAAAAAAUGCAGUAAAGGAUCAGAAAUUAUUUUCAUCCGCUAAGCCAAUUGAUCCUGCUUGGCUUGCACAAACAAAAAUGGAAACAGCAAAUAUAGUCAACGCUAAUAAACUUUUAGGGCAAUCAAAUUCAAGUCAAAUGGAUGCUUCUUUUCUUGAUCAGUUACAACAUUUACAACAAUUAUUAUUAAAAAAGCAAGAGUCCACAAAUGAACAAAAAAGUUCUGUAAAAUUUGAUAAAAAACUUUUAGAUUUUGAUUAUGGUGAGGAAGAAGAUGACGAUGUUGUUGUUGCUAAUUCUCCAGCAGCAACAGCAGGAUCUAACGCUGGCCAACAUAAUGCAGUUUCUACGGGAAAUAGUUUGGAAAGUCUUGGACUUCUGUUAACAAAUCCAGAGGUUUUGAGACAGCUUCAAACAUUACAACAAACAAUGCAAGGAAGUACUUCUUCAUCACAACAUGAAACAGAAGAAAAAAUGCGAAAACUUCAACAAAUGAAGCAACAGGAAGAAGAAUUUGAUAAGCAUCUAGCUCAAACUGUUCCUAAUUUACCAUUUGCGUCAGAAUGUGAAUUAAAGCCUUCGGACAUUUUGAAACCAAAUCAACAAAAUACGUAUACAACAAAUGUAAGUAGCGGAGUCAUACAAGAUAUGAGUCAACCUCCUCCUGGUUAUCCACCGGCUCUACCGUAUGCCUCUCAACCUUUAUCAAAUAUUAGGCAGAUUAAUCAACAGACGCAUCAAAAUCAAAAGAGUCCACUUCUUGAUGAACGGCAAGACACACAAGAUUAUUCUGGAAAUGGUACAAGACGAGAUAGUAGCAGCGUAGAAAUUGUAAAUUGUGAAAAUACAAGAUCACAAAGUAGAUCACCUGAUCGGUACAGACAUCACAGUCGAUCUAGAUCACCAAGGCAUAGAGAUAGAGAUAGAGAUAGAGACAGGGAUCGAGAUCGAGAUAGAGAUAGAAAAUCUCGAUCAAGAAGUAGAUCUAGGAGAAGAAGAUCUCGUUCAAGAGAUAGAGGACGUGAUAGAAAACGGGAAGAUAGUCGAGAAAAAAUGACUGAGGAAGAACGGGAAAAGGAAAGAGAAAGACGCAAACGUGGAUUACCACCUAUUGUGAGGGACAAAUUAAGUGUUUGUAGUACUACUCUUUGGGUAGGACAUUUAUCAAAAUUGGUGCACCAAGAAGAACUCUCAGACACUUUUGGAGAAUUUGGUGAUAUUGUCAGUAUAGAUUUAAUUUCGCCUAGGGGUUGCGCCUUCAUAUGUAUGAAUAGAAGACAAGAUGCAUAUAGGGCGCUUACAAAGCUUAAAAACCAUAAAAUGCAAGGAAAAGCAAUCACUUUAGCUUGGGCACCAGGAAAAGGAGUAAAGGGGAAGGAAUGGAAAGAUUAUUGGGAAGUUGAAUUAGGAGUUAGUUAUAUUCCGUGGAAUAAAUUAGUUAAUGUUACUGAUCAGGAUUUAGAACUACUUGAAGAAGGAGGUAUGAUUGAUGAAGAUACUCUGCCACCUAAUUUAAAAGGUAAAUUAAAGCAUUCCGGAACAAAUGCAGACGUGCUUCAACAACAGCUGCAACUGCAACAACAAGCUUUAGUUGCAGCUGCUGGAAUCCCAAAUUUGGCAGAUGGUAUUGUAAAUGUAAUGCAACCUUCAACUAGUGCUCAACAGCAACAACAAUCUCAACAGCAAACUCAGCAACAAGGUCAACAGCAACAACAAGUAAUCGAUACAAGCCAACCACCACCGAUUAGACCACCUACAUCAGCUGCACUUUUACCACCACCAAAUACGCAGUUACAAAUGAUGCCGCCUGCUUUCACCAUGCCAGGAGUUCCUCGUAUGAUUGGACCAAUGGGAUUACCAAUGGCGCACAGUUUAAUGCCGAAUGUUCCAAUAGGUGUACCACCCCCAAAUAUGCAAAGUUUGUUAGGACCACCAGGAAUGAUGCAAACUAUGUUAACACCUCCAGUAAAUUCUCCAUUUGGAGCUGGCGUUGGUGUUGGUUUAUUAACACAGAUUCCUCUACCAGCACCAGCCGCACCUUCUGAUAAACCUAAUUCUACUGGAAUGCCACACAAUCGUCAACCAUAUGGUGUAGGACCCUCUGCACCCUUACAAAUGCAACUACCUCAACAACAACAUUCUGCAGAUGAUAUGGAUGUGGAAAUGGAAGAUGCAAUGCCACAGAGUUCAAAUGGAGCUAAAAGUAAGAGUAAUUUGACUGAACAGCUUUCACAAAGCGAUGAACGAACAGAACCUGAUCAACAAGUUGAGUUAUCUCACAGAGAUAGAGAAGGUAAUGAUUCCAGAAUGGAUCGUGGGAGAGAUAGAGGUAGAGGAAGAGAUCGAGGACGUGAUCGCAGAAGAGAUCUUAGAGACAGAGAUAGAGAUGAUAGAAGAGAAAGAGAAAACAGAGAAAAUCGGGAAGGAAAUCCACAAACUCAGAAUCUUCAGGAAAAUGAAUCUACUCCAAAAAAGGAUGGUAAACCGAGUUUGGCUGAUCGCCUACGUCAAUUAGCUGAUGGAACACUUCCGCUUGAAGAUCGAGUCGAUAGAAUAAUUCCUCGUAAUCGACAAGAUCGAGAUAGAUCCGAUAGAAGUUUUGAUGAUUCUCGAUCAGCACGCGGUGAACCCUUAUCUUCUUUGAUGGAUUUGCCAAAGUUUGGUUUGCCCCAGGAAAGAAGUGAUUUCCCGGCACGACCUCCAGAUUUUCGAAAUCCUCAAGAUCCAAGAGAAUAUCAGCAACAAAGAGAUAGGCAGAGUUUUGGUAGAGGUCAUAGGGGAUCACAGAUACACGAGGAAUAUAUGGAUGUUCCGAGGUUGCAAGGAGGGAUGUAUCAAGAAGAAUUUGAUAAUAGGAUACAUGGGCAACAAAGAGUAGAAGAUUUCGGUAGACUUGGCCCACUUAGAGAACAAAGGGAGGAAUUCGAUAGGUCUGAAGUGCGAGGAAGAAGACCGCUCGACGAUCGAGAUCGUUUCGAUUACGAAAUCAGACGAGAUGGUUUUGAUCCACGACUUCAGGACGGUUUUGAUCCAAGAGGACAUCUCGAUCGAGGUGAUUUUGAACCUAGGAGACGAGAAUUCUUUGGAAUCGAUCCUAUUUUUGGGAUGCCUCCAAUAAUGGGACCCAGAGGACCUAGACCUGGACAUCCCGACGGAUUUGGACCUCGACCAGCACCUAUAGGAGCUCGUGGACCAGGUCCAUUAAUGUUCCAUCCACGAGGCUUGGGGCCUCGUCCUCUUCGUCCUGGUAUGAGGCCUUUUGGUCCCCGUGGACCACCUUUUGAUCCUCGAGAACCAGAUGCCUUUUUCAGACCUCCCUUUGAUGAUAUUCGUCCUCAUGUCAGACCACCUUUUGGCCCUAUGGGCCCACCAUCUAUUAUUCCUCCAGAGUCUGCUGCUCCUUGGAGAAAUCAAGAACUUCCUUCUGGUUCCUGGUCUUCUGACUCAGACAACCACUCGCAAAGAGAUAACCUCAGAGAUAAAAAGGGUGGUAUUAAACAUCCCAACAAUCAAAACAUGGAAAGAGAAAAUCGAAACAGGGGGCGAAAAUCUAGGUGGACUAAUGUAAGUCCAUCUGGGGAGGAAACAGAGGAGUCAAAGGAACAAGAAUCAACUUCCGCAAAUGUUGAAGAAAAAGAAGAACCUGCAAAGGAAGAGGAAGUAGUUGUGAAAGAAGAAGUAAAACAGGAAAUUGAAAAAGAAAUAAUUCCCAAUGAACAAAAGGAAGAUUUGGGAGAAACAAUUGGGGCAAACCGAGAAGGCAUUGAAAUGAAGAAGGAGGAAGAAGAGGAUCGCAGGGAUUCUUAGA